AUGCGGGAAACACUCACCAUCCUCCCAACCCACGGCCAGCCCGAACGGCUGCCGGUAUCCCAGACCGUCACCUCACCCGGCGGCCGGCCAUACUCGCCGUACCCCUUCCGAGACCUCCCGAGGACGCCGAGCCCCGGGAAAAGGCCACCCCACCUUCAACAACACCAUUCACAUCAUCACCAUGGUCGUCAACCAACGACCAAGCCGGGAGCGGCACAACGCCCCAAGCCCAACGACACCAUCUUCUCCCUAUUCCCUUAUCUCCCAACGGAAAUACGCCUACAAAUAUGGCGCGAGGCCAUGCACUCGGCCUGUCCUCAACGCCGCGUCCUUCGCCUUCGUCUAGCGGUCGCCGAAUCUACUUCUCCCGAACCACCCCAUGACGCCAACGACGACGGUUCCCUUCACUCCAACAGCCAUCUCCAGAUCCUUCCCACCCGCCAUCUCGCCCUCUCUACCCAGUCCAUCCGGUCCCUCUUAGCAUCUUGCCCCGAAGCCCGUUGCGAGCUUCUCCCCCUUCUCCAUAACAAUCCUAUCUCAUUCGCCCAGCACAACAGCGUCCCCCUUUCCCUUCCAGAUACCGUUCCUCUUUGGUACUCGCCAAACGGCCAAGACAAAGGAACGAUAGGAAGCGGCAUUCUCCGGUGUAACCUCCGCACCGACCUUGUCGUGUUGGAAGGGCUGACGUCGGAUUUGCUGUUGAGGCUGUUCGGCGAGGAACCGCAACGAAGGGCUGGAGAUGGGGAACAGGAUAGGCGUGGUUGUUCUACUUUGCUCGGGUUAGAGGGCGUGCUAUCUGGGGUACGCCAUAUCGGGCUCGAUGUGCGGGGCUUAUUGGAGGAGAUUGCCAUCCGUGGGGUUGAUCAGAGGGCCGUUGUGACGGCACUGAUACGCUACUACACCCACCUGACACGGCUGAUGUGGUUGCUGUGCCGGUUCCGUGAGGUAAUGGACGCGCCAGCUCUGAUGGAACCUAGUGGCGACGAGAAGGGGCUCGGUUUGUUAAGGGGUGUGAAAUUAAAGUUGGUGGGGCGAUAUGUUGUUGCUGGGCAGAGCAACGGGAUAGAGGGUGGACUGCAGUUGUCUAGCCCUGAAAGGUCUCUCGAGAUUGCGCUAGGAAGUGAGCCGCGAUGGAUGCAGUGGGAAUGGGUGUGCCAGUGUCUUGGUUGUUAG